GUAGCCGACAGUGAGAGCAGUUUGCAACAGUGUAGUGAUUAUUCGGGCCACUUGCAGUACAUAGGUCGAUACAUCUGGUGUUGGAGGAUGUGCCGCUCACAUCUAACAUCUGAAUGAAGCAGAGGGAAAAGAAAAGCGGAAAACAUGAGCUAAAUAUUCAUUCACCCCAUAAAAACGAGGACAGUCAGAGCCGUCUUUCCCGGGCUCCUUUGGAGACAAAGCGAGACUGACCAAAUGCGGAUUUCACUCUUUCUACGGCUUCAUUUGUGUAGGUGGCAUCACCGACUGUCGCACUGUUGGUAAAAGACAGUCACAGGCCCACAUUUUGAAAAAAAAAAAACAUUACUGGCCUUCUUCUGUGGUGGGAGCGACUUCUUCAUGUGUUGACCACACCGGGGAGGAGAAGACUGUUGUCGAGAUGUUCCGCUUGGAGGACUGAGCCUCAGCACACCGCCCGCUCCUGAGCCUCAAACAUGGGAGAAUGAGACAGGGUUUUGACGCCAUGAAGAAGCCACCACGUUGCAUUCAACUGGUAAUACCUGUGUGCACGGCAUCAUGUCGAGAGUGAGCUCACCAGCAACAAUGCCUGCUCACCCUGGGGAAGAACCGUUCACUCCACUACUGUUCCCCUUCAAGAGACAAGGGACACUAACGCUAGUCUCUGCUGCCUCCUUUACGGGGCUGCUGAAGCUUUCUGAGAGCCCCGCGAUGGAGGACAUCUCCAUGGCGAACAUUUCCCUGGGCUCCUAUUCGCCUCCGGAGCCCGUCACACCAACUGCAGAGGCCUCGCAGAGUCUGCAGGGUGUCGGCCUACCUCUGCAGGUCUUCUUCUGCUUCGUCAUGGCUGCCAUCCUGCUGGUGGCCCUGUUGGGGAACGUGGUGGUGUGCCUGAUGGUGUACCAGAGAUCUGCCAUGCGCUCAGCCAUCAACAUCCUUCUGGCAAGCCUGGCAUUCGCAGACAUGAUGCUGGCCAUCCUGAACAUGCCCUUUGCUCUGGUUACUGUGGUGACCACCAACUGGAUUUUCGGAGACCUUUUCUGUCGAGUGUCAGCCAUGCUCUUUUGGUUCUUUGUGAUGGAAGGCGUGGCUGUACUCCUCAUAAUAAGCAUAGAUCGUUUUCUUAUUAUUGUCCAGAAGCAAGAUAAGCUGAGCCCACAGAGAGCUAAAGUGCUUAUAGUGGUCACAUGGGGGCUGUCUUUCAUUUUCUCUUUCCCCCUGGCCGUUGGGUCCCCUCCUCUACCUGUCCCUCCAAGAGCCCCUCAGUGUGUAUUUGGCUACAGCAUUGAGCCUGGCUACCAUGCCUACGUAUUGAUCCUAAUGCUAGUCUUCUUCUUCAUGCCUUUCAUGGUCAUGCUGUAUACAUUCAUGGGGAUCCUGAACACCAUCCGCCACAACGCCAUCCGCAUCCAUAGCCACCCAGACAGCAUCUGUCUAAGCCAGGCCAGCAAACUGGGUCUGCUGAGCCUCCAGAGGCCCUUCCAAAUGAACAUAGACAUGAGCUUCAAGACCCGUGCCUUCACCACCAUCCUCAUCCUCUUCUCUGUGUUUACAGUGUGCUGGGCACCUUUCACUGCCUACAGUCUGGUAACUACCUUUAGUGAUGGGUUCUACCAUAAAGACAGCUUUUUUCAAAUCAGCACAUGGGUCCUGUGGUUGUGCUACCUCAAGUCAGCCCUCAACCCUCUCAUUUACUACUGGCGGAUCAAGAAGUUCCGCGAUGCCUGCCUUGACCUGAUGCCCAAGUACUUCAAGUUUCUUCCUCAGCUGCCAGGAAACACGAAGAGACGCAUACAGCCGAGCGCAGUUUAUGUGUGUGGAGAGCAUCGUUCUGUGGUUUAAAGGAAAAAUCCAUCCUUCAAACACUUAAACACUGGUUUAAAAAAAAAAAAACACACACUUCUUCACUUAAUGUACUUUGCAGUUGUGGGCCUGUUUCGCUGUUUGGUGGUAUACUUCUCUUAGCAGGUGUUCAGACUGAAAGUAGCACUGCAUUAGAAAAGGCAAGGGGAGGUGUUGAUGUGGGUGUGUUGCUACAGGGACCAGGAGAAGAUGAAAUACAAUCCAAAAAAAGUAAUGUUUUGGUAUUGGAAGAGAAACUCAGGUAUUAUAACAGAACUAGUGUCCAGCCCUAUUUCAAAGUUGUAGAAUCCUGGCUUGUAGAUGGGGAGCUUCAAACCACUGUUGUGGCAUCUGAUAAGUCUUAAAUUUCAUGGAUGUUUGACUCAAACUGAACUUUCUGAUACUAUAUUUGGAGAGAAUACAAAUUUUUCUACAAAAGCCUUUUUUGAAUUUAACUAAAGAAGCCAAAAUAUCAGCAAAUGUUAAAUCUAAAUGAGGAACUGUCUGUCUGCGAUAAAAUAUUCUAAACUCAAGGCUUAGUUGCAUUUUCUGGGGGCUUUUGGUGUAUCUCAUGGCCAUCUUCAGUGAAUGGACUACUCAGGUGCAGUAAUUUGACCUAAGGAUGGAACUUCACAUGAUAACCACUCAAUAUCAUGUGAUAGAUGGUUGUAAUAGUUGUGUAUGGCGGGGGUGACCCUGUCUCCACUCAGGCUUUGGAGUACGGUCGACAGCACUGCCAGAUGACGUGGUAUUGUGGCAGAAGUUGAGUCAGGGUCAACCUUUUUUUCUGGACCCUCAUUUUUUUCUGGAACCUUCAGCAGAGAAACCCCCACAGUGUUGAAUGCAGUGCUAAGCUUAGUCUGACUUUACAUUUUGCACUGAGGUUCAGAAACUGUCAGGGCGCACAUGAAAUAUCCAACAGGUAAACGGCAACUGGACUCACUGCAUGGAAGAUAAUUUUUUGCAUCCAAUCAAAUCACCAAACCUACAAUUUUUAUUUCUCUCAUUGUGGUCUAGUGAGGUUUAGUACAUGUUGGCUGUACUGAAAGUAGUUGCAGAAUCAAGCUACAUUUUCCAUAAUAUUCAGAAGGUGCCCUGGACUGGAUCCAACAGAUUGUCGUUGCAAAUAUUGAACUUGUCUACUAGACCACACUGAAAGUCCAGUUGCCUUCAAAGUCUGUGAAGAUUCUCAGUCAGGUCAUUGUAUAUGAAGAGGUAGCAACUCAAAAGCAACUGUGCUGGCUGUUUAGUUUUGGUCUGAAAUAGCAGACCAAACAACAAGUACAUUUGUCUUUGAUUUAGUACUUGUAGAUACAACUGUGCAGGGAAAAUGCAGUGCAGAAGAGGCAGAGACACUUAUUUCCACCAACAGCAUCAGGAAUCUUCAACUAAUCUUUAGUAACAGGGCUGGGUAUUUGAGUCUUGGUACCAAUAGCAGAAUUUUUCAGUUGUAAGUUCUCAAAUGUUAAAUAGCAGCCAUACAAGAUGUUUGCUGCAAUGAAGUCUAGAAUUACCAAAAUUAUUACUGACAUGAGGAACUAUCUGGUCAUGGAGUGAGUCAAGAUAAUUAUAUUAUAGAUUAUUGAGUACUUGACUGUUUUUAAUACUUGAUUCAACCAGCAUAUUUGUUUUGGUACAGAGGGUAUUUAAAGUGGACACCCAGCCCUGCUCAGUAGACCAGAAUGCAGUGCAGCAACUCCACAUUUAAUGCCAAGAAUACAAUCAUGGAUAAACGUGCUCUCUUGCUCUUAUGCUCUCAGCUAUGGUUCUUAUUCCACCUACUCAACCCACAGUACACACUUGUUCUCUGAGGGUGACACAGUGCCAUUCUUGGUCAUAAAAGAAACCUUUAAGUGAAGUUGUCAGCUGAAGGAAAUCAUAGAAAUCCAUUUAAACACUUUAUACCUGCUAGAAUGCACUGAAUGGCAUUGGCACAUGCCUUGUGAGAGUAUCCAGGGGUGAAUUUUUUCCUUUAAUAUUGUGCUAAGAAGCCAGGCGCUGUUGGGUUUGACCUGACCCAUAUGUCUUUUCAUGCCACUGGAGUCAGGUUGUGGGGAAAGGACAGUUUGUUUUAGCUGCGUAGAAGUUGUUUUAUAGGGCAUGUAAAUUAAUGGCUUAAAUGGAAUUUGAAUGUGGUCAGACAGCGGUCAUGACACAUUUGAACGUGUGUGUGUUUCAAUUUAAAUGUUUUGGAUGUGCCUAUUGAUUAGUCCAUUUGCCAGUCAGAAUGCUGCUAUAUCUGGUGAAAAUGUGCAAUUUCAGUGUACUGUACUGUUGAAUGUAAUAAAGAAAUAGACAUUUCUUACCUUGGUAA